AUGAUGUACCACCACCAGCUGAGAUCUUGUAGCCGCAGCCUGGCCGCAACGCUCCUCCUGCUCCUUGCCGGCGCCGCUGCCGUUGCCACACCUGAAGCUCCAACGGCGGGAGCAGCCUGCUACAACGACAUCGUCGCCCUGCGGAGCACCUGCUACCGCUACGUCCAGGAUGAGGGUCCCAUGGUGCAGCCAUCGCCGCAUUGCUGUGCCACCGUGAGGGGUAUCGCCAACGCUACCUGCGUCUGCGACUACUUGAGCUCCCUCGACUACAUAAACCUGGACAAGGUGUUCUACGUCGCCGGGCAGUGCGCCGUCGCCAUCCCCUGGUUCUGCGGAGAUUAA